CAGCCACAGCUUCUCUGGGCAACCUGUGCCACGGCCUUACCACGUUGACAGGAAACAAUUUCUUCCCAAUAUCUCAUCAGGUCAGCCAUUCUGCCUGUCUCGUCACUCCAGGCCCUUGUCCCAAGUCCCCCUCCCUUGGAGCUCCUUUUAGGCACUGAUGUUGUGGCUUGGUAAUAUAAAGUGCCCCCAAAUCGGUGUGUGGUGGUGACUGUCCAUCCCUUUGAGUUCUCACUUGGAGAAUCUGUUUUCCAAACUCAGGUUUUGGCUGCCUUGUUCCUGUACCUGCUUCUUGCUCUAGCUCUACUCUUUAGCAGUUCAGCUCGUGCCUGGCCACACGCUUCCAGUACCCAUUUGCCAGCACCCGGAAUACAAGUUAUGAUCCAGCUGCAGUCAAGCCUUUCCCAAAAGUUCAGCCACCCAAAGAGCCCAGGGUUUUUAUUAAUUUGAUGCAGAAAUUAAGUCCUUACAGGCAGUGAAGUGGUCCAUGUUGUGUUGGGUGAUUCUCUGAGAUGCCCUUCUCUUGUUGCCUGGCCCUGUGCAUAGGUUCCCUUAAGCCAAGCUUGGUUAAUCAUGCAGCAAGUUAAUUUACUAAUUACAGCAGCUGAAAGUACCAGGAGCCUGGUUGUGGAGAAGCAGUUGGUGCCUGCUGGGACAUGGUGAUGAGCUGCAGCAAUUGGGGCUGGGGGAGGCUAAACCAGCCCCUCCCUCUUCAUCCUCCCCAUUCCUGGUGCUCUGGGCACAGCCAGCAGUGGAAGGGGGGUUAUCAGACCAGGAGCAGCAAUGGAGUGUUGGUGAACUUUGCUCAUGUAGGUGACAAGCAGCUCAACAGAGACAUCCUGGGCUGUGAUUUAACCCUUUCUUUUCAGGGUCUUGGUCAUCAGUGUGGAGACUCUCCCUGGCUGUUUUGCCUUGUUUUCCCAUUGUUGUUCAUCUUUUCACCUUCUCAUCACCCUCCAUCUUUAGGAAGAUAGGAAUGGAAGUGCCCAAAGAAAUUUGUCUAAUUCAUGCAGGGAAUCUAGGAACACAGAAGGACUUGUCACUUUCUCCUUUGUACAGAUCCGGGAACUGAAAAGUGAUGUCUUGACAGCUGGGAGCAUCACAGACCUGGAAUGACUGGGGAGAAGCUGCUUUGGUUGGCCAUCCCUGACCUUGCGUGUCCAUUAAAAGGUGCCAGCACUUGCAGUCUAGUUGGUCAAGGCUGGAAGGCUGGGUCUGGAUCUGCCCUGUACCUUUGAGUUCUGGACCUCUCCUGCCUGACCCCAAGGAGCCAUGGAGGACAAACGCAACAUCCCCAUCAUUGAGUGGGAGCACCUGGACAAAAGGAAAUUCUAUGUGUUUGGGAUUUGCAUGACUAUGAUGAUCCGGGUGAGCGUUUACCCCUUCACGCUCAUCCGGACGCGGUUGCAGGUCCAGAAGGGCAAGAGCCUGUACAAUGGGACUUUCGAUGCCUUUGUGAAAAUCCUGCGGACAGAAGGGGCGGCUGGGCUCUACCGUGGCUUUUUGGUCAACACCUUCACCCUGAUCUCGGGACAGUGCUACGUGACAACAUAUGAGCUCACUCGGAAGUACGUGUCACGGUACAACAACAACAACGCUGUGAAGUCUCUGGUGGCUGGCGGCUCAGCCUCCCUGGUGGCCCAGAGCAUCACGGUGCCCAUCGAUGUCAUCUCCCAGCACCUCAUGAUGCAGAGGAAGGGGGAAAGCAUGGGCAGGUUCAAGGUGCGAAACCAAGAUGGCAAGCGUCUGCUGGUCUUUGGCCAAACCAAGGACAUCAUUGUACAGAUUUUCAAGGCUGACGGUUUUAGAGGCUUCUACAGGGGUUAUGUGGCCUCACUGCUCACUUAUAUUCCCAACAGUGCGGUCUGGUGGCCCUUCUACCACUUCUAUGCUGAACAGCUUUCAAGUUUGACUCCUAAAGACUGUCCCCACCUCCUUCUGCAAGCAAUAUCAGGGCCACUUGCGGCUGCAACAGCUUCCACACUCACCAACCCCAUGGAUGUGGUGAGGGCUCGGGUCCAGGUGGAAGGCAAGAGCUCCAUCAUUCUCACCUUCAAACAGCUUAUUGCAGAGGAAGGUCCCUGGGGGCUGACUAAAGGCCUCUCUGCCCGAAUCAUUUCGGCCACUCCUUCCACCAUUGUCAUCGUGGUGGGGUAUGAAACGCUGAAGAAGCUGAGCCUGCGCCCAGAGCUGGUGGACUCAAGGCACUGGUAGAGGCAGCUGGUGGAGGAGAACCUUCCUAUGAAUCCUCUGAGUCUGGACUGUUGCAGGGGAGAGCCUGGGAUGCGACACAGCUGCUGUGCCUUUGUCUUUGGCUGGUUUCACAGCACAAGGCAGAUGCAAAAGCAACUGUACUUCACCUCUUUAGAUUUGUGUGUCAUACAAUGGUCUGCUGCUGGUUUUGCUUAAACUGUGACCUUUGGCAGUGCUGUUUGCCUGGGACAGUCCAUUCCAGGUGUGUGACCGCAUCCUGGCAAGUUAUUGAUUUUUUUUUUUUUUUUUUUAAAUUAAAGACUUACUGGCUUAAGCAAAAAGCCAGUUUAUUCUCUUUAAAUUAUUUUCAUCUUUGCCAAACUUCCAAGGAGAGGAAUCUCACAGCCUGCAGCAGGACCCUCUGGUGGGAUGUCUCUAGUGGCAGUUGUGCUGUGGGGAAGCUGGAAGCAGAAAAUAGACAAGUGACUUUCCAAUUACCUUCAUUUAUUUCUAGAAGAUGUGAGACAAGAAUAACCUGGGACCCCUUCAGACCUGAUUUACUGUGUUUUGAAUAGAUCUACAUACUUGUUUUGUAUAUUCCUGGAAAAUGUUCCCUGUCUCUCAUCCUCCAAACAGCAAGCUGGCUGAUAGCAAGUCAGGAGCUGGGCUGGCUGUUUGGAAUUAGCUGAUGGCGGUUUUGACACCUAGCCUGUGUUUUUAAUCUAUUGUAAUUUAAUUUUUUUAUUUUAUUUUAGGGAAGCUUAUUCUGAUUUCUGGGGAACUGAAUGGUUGUUCUGUGGCCUUGUUCAGUAUGUCAAUCCUGCAUGUUCAAAGUGGCUGCUGCCACUUCCCACCUUAGAUAGUUUUAGCCCAGAAAUGCCAUUUGAAAGUGUCUGAUUGUGGUGCUGCUGGCAGCUGGAUGGUAACUGAAUGGGGUUUGAGCUACAAUUAGAUAGGAGGUGGGGAAGGAAAAACCUUGUGCUGGCCUUUGAUCCGGUUCAAACCUGACAGGCAUGUUCAUAUUGAAUAAGAAGUGAUGGUUCGCUUCAUGAGCUUAAAUUCUGCUCAUCCAGUUUGGGAAGGGCAGGAAUAAUGUUUUGCACAAUUGCUGGAUCAGAAGCCUGAGCUAUGGUCUGUAUUUUACCAGGUGAAAACUUCAGGGGGAUGAAACAAGAGGCUGCUUUUUGGGGAGGGGCAGGGAAGGGAUUGUUUGACUGUACUCUGCUGUUCUUGGUGGUUGAGAUUUGCCUUUCAUGCUGCCAGCCCACACAUGGUGCUUGUCUCUGUUAGCCACAUCUGGGGGGGUUCAGGAUGCACCUCCAGACAACAGAGUGCACCACUGCCAUUCCCCUUCUGCCAAAACCAGGAAUUUUGGUUGAGGUGUUGAUCCUGCUGACCUGUGGCUGUUGCUGGGCUGUCUAUUCCCGACGGGACUCACCAAGUAUGUCUCUGCCCUUCAUCCCAGUAUUGUCCCUGCCCAGCUGGCACUGGACAUACCACAGACAUAUCUGCUGGAAAUGGAGAGUGCUAAAGCUGCUGCUGAGGUGGGAGAGACUUCUCUGCUAAGGGCAGAGCUUGAUUCUACGGUGCAGUGCUGUGAUGGGGCUGUGGGUGAAUCAUCAAAGCCCUCUUCAUCCCAAUUUUGUUUCUUGCAGUGCUCAGAAGGGCAGUGGAUGCUGGAGCCACUGGUGGAGUUGUUGGAGCAGCACCUUCUGCACCUGCUCUGGUCACCUGUUCAUUGUUUAAAAGUUGACAGCAGUCAGCUCUUGCUCUAAUAACAGAUUCUGCUCUGAGAAGCAGAACAGCAGCACCCCAAAUCGCAAGGCAGCAGUAACACUAAUAUUAACAGGAAAAAUAUCAAUCGACCUCUGCCAAGUGCAGCAGGGCCAGUCCCUGGGCAUGGAGGGGCGGCAGCACCAGUGUGGGGAGACACUGUCAAACUUAAUGUUCCUCUCGUAACCAGCAACAUUCUUGACAACUAAUAAACUUGAGAGACCUUCA